AUGCCCCCUUGGGCGUUGCGUUUGAGUCUGAUGAUAUGGGAAUGUGCCUGGCUCAGUGUUCGUUUCGGGGCGCUUGGGCAGUUGACUUUGGAGACGCUAGCUUCUGCUAAAGCGGAAGUGCUGAGUAGACAUUCGGACAAGUCAGUCAGGCUGAAAGUGCAGCCCAUUUUCGUGCUCAAGGGUUGCCGGAAGCACACCUGGAUCGGACAAGCCAUGGAGAACACUCCAAAGAUCACGGGAGUUGCAGAUGUUGAUCUUGAGGCGGUGGAGUCGGAGGAGACUCGGGCGGAGACCAUUCAGAGCACAGGGAAGAGCGAAAUCGAGGGCCAGAUCGAUCAUGUAGAGCCUGAGUUCGUGGGCGUUUUGAUUCCCCCUUUGCUGGUCUUCACCCUUGAGUGGCACUGGGUCUAUUCGGUCUUUAUUGCCUACAUUCUCUCUGGCUUGGGACUUGGCAUCUUCGAAGUGACUUUCCUCAGCGUCAUCACACCAUUGGGAAAGGCCACCAAGUCUUGGGCAAUCAUUGGUUGUCCUGCGGGCUUUGGAACCAUCAACAUCUUGGGCCUCACCUUGAGCAUUUUGGAUGCAAAAUGGUACAUUGUGGCUUGCCUGCCCUUCGGUCUCUACUUCUUUUGGAAGUUUUCACCCCGGGAGAAGACUGAGCUGCGCACUGCCAACUUUGGUGCGUCCUUGCGGCAGGCGCGUCGUUGGAUGCCGGGAAUGGCACCCUUCUUCCUUGCGCAGUUCUUGAGCCACUUUGCGAUGGAGAAUUGGCCGGCCAUCUUCUACAUGUUCCAUCCACCAAAGGUGCCUCUCUUUAAUCCUGAGAGUUCAGACUACUUGAUGGACUGGGGCCAGUUCUUUGCGAUCACCUACAUUUUUAUUUUCCUUGGUGACUCGAUCAGUCGUAGGAUCGCUAUCUACAUCUCCACGCCUUCUCUUCGCAAGAGGCUGGCACUCCUUGGCCUUGCAAUGGGUCUGAUCAUCGCUGGUCUUUACCUGGAGUCCUUGGCUAUUGCCAUUAUUAUCCCGCUGGCAAUCUUCAUGAUCUUCUGGGGUAAUGGCACCAUCUACGGGCUCACAGCCAAUCAUGUCGACAAACAGGUGCCUCCUGAACACAAUCUGGCCUCCUACUCUUGCUGGUGCUUCAUCGGUGACUUGGGUGCAAUCCUCGGUGGAAUCUUGGUCGAAAACACCCAUGACCUUUUCUGCCGUGGUCAUCAUGGGCCUUACGAGUGCUGA